CCACCACAGUGGUGUUGAAGGUGGACAUGCAUUGCGACGGAUGCGCUUCCAAAAUCGUCCGUUGCAUUCGCGGUUUCGAAGGCGUGGAGAGUUUGAAGGCGGAGAGCGAGACCGGCAUGUUGACCAUCACCGGAAAACUCGACCCUUCCAAACUCAGGGACAAGCUCACCAGCAAGAUGAAGAAGAAGGUUAACCUUAUCUCUCCCGUUCCAAACAACAAGGAAAAAGAUAACAAAUCCAAAAACAACAGUAAACCCAAAGACCCUCCUGUGACGACGACGGUUCUCAAGGUGUCGUUGCAUUGCCAGGGUUGCAUUGAGAGGAUUCGCAAGACUGUGUUGAAGACCAAAGGUGUGCGUGACAUGGCUAUAGAUAAAGAGAAGGAGACGGUGACGGUGAAAGGCACGAUGGACGUGAAAGCUUUGGUGGCGAAUUUGACUGAGAGGCUUAGGAGGAAGGUUGAGGUGGUCCCUCCCAAGAAGGAGAAGGAGAAGGAGAAGGAGAAGGAGAGUGUGAAAGAGAGUGCUGCCCCUGACAAAGGAGGGAAUGCUGGUGCAAAGAAGAAGAAGAAGGGUGGUGGAGAUAAUGACAAGGACGAAGAGGGCGGUGGUGAUGGCCAGGGGAAAAUGGAACAGAGUAAGGUGGAGGGUUCGGCACCUGCAUAUGGAUAUGGUUUUGGUUAUGGUUAUGGGUAUGGGGGCGGUGAUGUCUAUAAUUAUGGGCCAGUCUACAUGGGGCAAUUGCAUGCACCGCAGAUGUUUAGUGAUGAAAAUCCCAAUGCUUGUUCCCUUAUGUGAGCUUUGGCCAUUUCAUGGUUUGAUGACUGUCGGCAAUGGGGAAUUUGAUUUUCCU